AUAGGGACCUGUAACAGGUCGUACUCGUAACCUAGUACGUAAUAAAGGUAAAGCCAAGCAGCAAGGUUAGUACUGUCUUCAGACAAGAGAUUUGACUAACAAGAUAAUAGAGUCAUGCCAUCCUCAACAACUUCUUCGACUGCAAGAACGAUGACGUUGACCCCCUUUGGCGCUUCACAAAUGCCUCAGAUGGGUAUGCAUGCUUCAGAUGCCUCUUUCCAUGAUAACGAAGACCAGGAACAGCGUUCAAAGAUUAUCAUACACAGUUUCGACAACACCUCCAAACUUCCUGGGAGUUACUACGAACGAGCCGCACUUGAAGUUAAGGCAUGAAGUACAAGGCAAAAUGGGCCCAGAUCGAUGAGGGGGAUUCCGGCCCAGCAUUGCUAGAAUUCUUCCCCUUCAUAGUCGUGAAUACUCACCUCCUCGAGGCGAGCAAAUUCCCAUCCCCAUUGACCCAAAAUGCACUCGAGCACACGCUAAUGAAGCGGAGGAGCACGAACGACGUCUGGCACGUGGUACAGAUCGGAGUCUUCCUAGAGAGUUUUUGGUUCAACAUGCGACCUCCAAUCCUGUGUACGUCGUGGGUGAGGUUCCGCGUUCUCCUGCAGACGUAACGUUGCUAAGUGCAGCAGAUGAGCAUGCUGAAAAUCUUCAUGACCACGAAGUAGUUCUUGAUGACACAAUUACAACUUCAUCUCGCAUUUUUAGGGAGCGGGAGGAAGACGCUGAUGUUAUUUCAACGACGACAGCGGGAGAGACAACAGACAUCGACAGAUCUGAAGACUGUGUGGGGACGCAGCUGUUGAGACGACGGAAAGGCGGAGCGGAGCUACGGGAAAACACGACAACUACGAACAGCAAAAUAUACGAUACACUACAUACUACAAGAACUGUAGUCCCUUGUUCGCCACCGACUCCUUCUUCAUCGUCUACUACGACUGCGUCGCCUUCUAGAAGAGGUGAACGAGAUGGACUACAACGGAAUCUGGGUCCUUGGAACUGUCUAUACAGCUGUACAACCGUAGCCGAGCGAAUAGAGGCUAUAUGGGGAGAACCUGCGACGAUGGAGUUGAGGUAUUUAAUGAUUGCUGAACACUUUUUAUUUGCUCCUUCUACUUGCUCCGUUCAUCUUCAUCUUCAUCGAUGGGCACGAGACGAGGACUUCAAACUUCUAUUCAUACCUUUCCGACAAAUUAUUUGCUAUUAUAUCAUCUGAGACCACACGACAGGUCCGCAAAGCAAGCAGUGUUAGCGCGGUGUACAGGGGUGAAAGUUGCACUUCUAGAAGGGGAUGAAGGGGAAGAGGCUUUCGUCCUGUAUUCGUUUCGAGAUGGAAGCACCUUUUUCGGCGGUCCACCUUUAGCCUUGGAGUUGAGGGCCGCUCCGGCAUCAAGUAAGCGACGCAAUUCGAAGCCAGUUCAUAAAGCAAAUGAGGUGAUUGAGGUGGAGAAGACUGAAGCAGUUGUUUGGGCGGGGAGAGAGCCCUUGAGUACUAGUAUGAUUUACUCACUAGUUUCAUUUUAUGUUUAUCCGAUACCAGUGAAGGAACAUCUAGUAAGAAGUUGACUUGUUUCUUUUUCUAGUUAGGGCUCGACUUGAGAUAUUCGAACAUCUAAGCUCGUUUGAAUUCCAACACGUUUUUCUAUGUGAUACAUCACCUGCAGGUACGUCCAAGCACCUUGCAGUAGAAGACUGCGCUGCGUCCAGAGCUUUGCGUGAAUGGUAUCGCAUUCACAAUGGGGCAGGUCUCAUUUUAUCGGAGAAACACUUGCAAACUGUUGUAGAAAAGCCAUUGGAAGGUUGUGGUUUUUCGAUGUAUUACCUGUUUCCAUUGGAAGUUUGGGCCACUGCUGUAGUUUCUGCGGUGUCGGGAGAAAGGUUGAUGAAGUCCUCGGCAGGGAAGGAAGAAAAGUCUUUGUCGUGUUUUAGAUCGAGAUCAAGAAGUACAACAAGUAAAGAAAAGACAACGAAUACCAGCUUACCUAACAGCGAUGUUUCGGUGGAUGAAGGAGAGGUGAAUCAAGUAGUAUCUUCUGGUCAGAAGCAGAGCAACCUCCAGAGCAGAAGAAGUGAACACGAAAUAAAACCUAAGCCUUUUUAUCGUCCGAAGCGUGAUGGGGCAUUCCCGCUUAUUGGCCGGAUGGACAAGAAUUGCCUUGUCUGCUGUCACACGGAUGAAGAUGUGGUGGGCUAUGUAGACUUAUGGCUUCCGCUCCUCUACAGUUCUGUUCGCGUCAGAAGUAUUUCUGAAAACGUAGCAUUGAUACAAAAAUUUAUUCCUACUCCUGAAAGAGCCAAGAAGACUGCUCUAAUGAUCCACAGCAAAAAUUCCUCACACGAGAAACAACCGGAAUGGUCACGAAGCGACGAUGGGACAGAGGUAGAGGCAUGUGCAGACUUCAUAGAAUCAACGAUUAGCAAUUUUGUAGGUUCGCAUUCAAUGUGCGUGCACAGGUAGAAAUUAGGUUCGCAUUCAAUGUGCGUGCACAGUUAGAAGUGGUAGAUGGAUUUUGCGUUUCGGAUUCGGUGUGUGGGAUUUUAGUCGUAUCUCCUAGUACUAGUCUGCAAUUCCAAAGAGCAUAGUCGUCUUCCACCUAGUAGCUAGUAGUUUUUCUGUUCGUCUCGAUACUGAUGUACUUAGUUACAUUUUAUAGGGAUGGAGUUUUUGAUGUAUUUGUAGAAGUACUAGUAUCCAUCGCCCACGACAGCAUUUUUUACAUAGCUUAUGCAUGAUCUUCACUGGCAGAUUUCACAGAAAUGUUUCAGAAGAUCGUCAAACAUUUUGCAUCACAUACAACAUAGGAAAUGAAAGCUGCUCAGUACUAAGAGUAAGAACCCAAUCCAGAAAGCUCCUGGCCAUCAAGUAUGGGCACUAAUAUUGAGAGAUACCAGAGGGACAUUUGAGAGAAGGUGCAUUGAAUAACCGUUGUAUAGGGGGUGGCUAGUCCAUAACUU